AUGGCUUCUCAAGGCCAGAGAGACGAUCAAAGUCCGGGAGUCGAGGUGAAAGCUCCACAUUUUUUCAAGAUAAUUCUUGCUGAUUCUUUACGACAUGGGAAGCUUAUGAUUCCGAGAAGGUUUGUAAGGAAACAUGGAGAAGGGUUGUCAAACCUAGCAUUUCUUAAUCUUCCAAAUGGUGCAGAAUGGAAACUAGAAUUGACGAGAUUUGAUGAUGAAAUCUGGUUACAGAAGGGUUGGCAAGAGUUCAUGGAGUACUACUCUGUGAAGCCGGGACACUUUCUAGUUUUCAGAUAUGAAGGAAAUUCUUGCUUUCAUAUACUCAUAUUUGAUAUGAGUGCAACUGAAAUAGAUUAUCCCACCCACAACUCCCAAAUUAAGGGGGGAAAGUUUGGUGAAAAGCUCCAAGUUUCACCAAAGGAAGAAACUGAAAAUGAUAGUUCUAUGGAGAUAUUAGAUAACUUUAGAACAUACAAAAGAAGGGAGAAGUUGCCAUGCGAUCCAAGGCCUCAAAAGAUGAAGAGAACGAAUCCAAGUGCUAAAACUGAGAAAAUCUCCAAUCUACCUAAAUGGGUUCCUCACUCUUCUACACCAAACCGCACUCAAUCUAAAGAGGUAAAGCAGAAGAAGCUAAAAGCACAAGGCUAUCUGCAUCCGGCCAAGCAAGAGUUUGAAGGUGUUGAAGGCAUUUCUACCAACGAAGUUGGAUGUCCAAAGUCGGAGGUUCUUACAAGGACUCGACCAUUGACUUUGAUUGAAAAAGCUAGAGCUCUUAAGAAAGCAAGUGGAAUCAAACGCGAAAACCCAUAUUUUAUGGUUGUCAUGCAACCAUCAUAUGCCCAAUUUGGAUGGUGUUUGAAUAUACCAUCAAAAUUUGCAAAGACAUAUUUGAAUAAGACGCUUGGUGAUGUGGAUUUCUCACUGGACAAUAAUCUGAAAGUAGGUGACGUUUGUGUGUUUGAACUGAUUAAGGGCAUUAAAGUUUCUUUCAAAGUUGUAAUUUUCCGUGCAAAUGAAGAACAAUGCCCUCUAUUGCCAGGGGGACUUUAUUUUUCUUCUAAAGGAGAAGGUGGAAGCAUGCCUAAAUCUCCCAUCAUGUGCUUUCAAUCUCAUAUUUUUAGGAGUAAAAAAGGGACAGCUACUGAAAAAGCUAGGGCUCUUGAGAGAGCUAUUGCUUUCAAUUCUCAAAAUCCAUUUUUUAUGGUCUCCAUGGGCACACUAUACGCCUACGGCAGAAGCAACUUGAACAUACCAUGCAAGUUUGCAGAGAAAUAUUUGAGUGAUCAGAAGCCUGGCAAUGUCAUCCUCCUGGUUUCAGGUGGGAAAACUUGGCAUGUCCAAUACAUUUCUAGAGAUUUUGGCAGUCGUAGAAAAACUGAACUUUCUAUCGGUUGGAGAGCAUUUGCCCGGGAUAAUAAAUUGGAAGAAGGUGAUGUUUGUGUAUUUGAGUUGAUGAAGGGCAUUGGAGUUACAAAUAGCCAUCAAUCUCUUGGAAAGAGAUCUGAGUGUACCAGCAUCAGUAAACAGCAAAUACUCAAGUAUAUCUAGCAAAUUAAGCCAAUUUUGAAUACUAUGAUCUGUGAAAAGACAGUGUUCAGUGUUGUGUACUUUUGAACAUGUGUUUUUUGUGCGGACUGUAGCAGAAAGAGUUUUCCAGAGUAGUGAUGCUUGAGCAGGUUGGGGAUAAAUCGUGGGUAGUGAAAUUCUUGAGUUACUAC